UGGAAACAAAAAAUCUAGAAGAAAAAAUACAAUGUUUGUUGCUCGCCGUCUUCAUCUUUCCUGCAAAUAUGGUGCUGCAAAUAUUCUCAGAGGGAAAAGGGUUCAAUCAUUCAAUUACAGUAAAUCAACAAAACGGAGCAGUGGAAAGACAUAUGUUAACCCUCAGCUGCUUAUAGGAACUCAAACUUAUCCACGCUCACGUCUUCGUUAUGCUGCUCCAGCUCUUGUGCUUGGGUUUACUGGAUUCAUCGGGUUUCUUCAUUACAACGACGAAAGGAGAGCUGUUCCUAAAGGUAUAACAAGCAGCAAUAGCGGUUGUGGUUGUGGUUCUAAUACAACUGUCAAAGGUCCGAUCAUCGGAGGUCCAUUCACGCUUAUGAGUACACAAAACAAGAUUGUCACUGAGAAAGAGUUUUGUGGUCAAUGGGUUCUGCUCUACUUUGGAUACUCGUUUUCCCCCGAUGUUGGACCCGAGCAGUUGAAAAUGAUGUCCACAGCAGUUCAUCGACUAGAGUCUAAUCAUGACCAGAAGAUUCUCCCUGUCUUUGUCACUCUUGACCCUCUACGAGAUACACCUUUUCAUCUCCAUGCCUACUUGAAAGAAUUUGACAGUAGGAUACUUGGACUGACUGGAUCUGCAAGUGCAAUUAGGCAAAUGGCGCAAGAGUAUCGUGUUUAUUUCAAGAAGGUCCAAGAAGAUGGUGACGAUUAUCUCGUUGGUACUUGUCACAACAUGUACUUGUUGAAUCCGAAGAUGGAGGUUGUCAGAUGCUUUGGGGUUGAGUAUAAUCCAGCUGACCUCUCACGAGAGGUUCUUAAAGAAGUUACUUCCGUUUCAUAGUGACACAUUUUGAGAAAACCCAAAGAGAGCUGUUCACAGAAAGAAACCUCUAAAAUAUUUUGAAUAUUUUGGUCGGUCGAACUUUUGUUGUCUCCGUUUCUCUAGAGAAUAACGAUUUUUUAAUGGUUACUGAUUUAGUGUCUUUUAUAAGUUUUAAUAAAUUAAUAUGAAGUUUUACUAAAUUAAUUGAUAAACAAAUUAGAAGUUUAGAACGUUGACCAUAUACCAUGAAAGAUAAUUUAACAUACAUUAAUACAAAUGUAGAAUAUAGUUAGAAAUUUUAAAACAACAUUAAAGAGUAAAGACUUCAGAUUAUAGAACAUUUACCGAAAAACUCAAUAUUUUUCGUACAAGUUUACACAUAAAUUUUGAAAAAAAUAAAAAUUAUGACGAUAUUUGUUUAAUUCAUAGUUGCAUCAUGCACUAAUAUAUGAUGAUGGUCAAAGAGGUUUGAAACUUUUGUUGUCUACGUUUUCUCUACAAAAUAGAGAUUUUGUAGUGGCUAGUCCAAUAAUUUAUUGACUAUAUGAAGUUUUACUUAAUUAAUUGAGAAAAAUUAGAACGGUGUCCAUGUACCAUGAAACAUAAUUUAACAUAAUUAAUACAAAUAUAGAAUGUGAUUAGAAAUUUUAAAACAACACUGAAGUAUAUGUUUCAGAAUAUAAAGUAUUUACAGAAAACUCAAUAUUUUCAUAGGUUUUACACAUAGAUUUUGAAAAAAAUUCAAAAAUAUGAAAAAUAUUGUUUUAAGUCAUAGUUGCAUCCUGAAAUAAUAUAUGAUGAUGUCGAAAGACGUUUGGAACCUUUGUUAUCUCUGUUUCUCUAGAAAAAAAUAACAAUUUUAGAGUGGUUAGUCAACUGAUUUAAUGACUGUAAGAAGUUUUACUAAAUUAGUUGAUAAAAAAUUAGAAGCUUACUCAUUUACCAUGAAAGAGAGUUUAACAUAAAUUAAUACAAAUAUAGAAUGUGAUUAGAAUUUUUAAAAUGACAUUGAAGAGUAUAAGUUUUAAAUAUAGAGUAUUACCGAAAACUCAAUAUUUUCGUAAGGGUCUACACAUAGAUUUUGAGAAAAAUUCAAAAAAUAUGACUAUAUUGUUUUAAUGCAUAAUUUCAUCACGCACUAACAUAUGAUGAUGGUCAAAGAGUUUUGGAACCUUUGUUGCCUCUGUUUCUCUAGAGAAUAUAGAUUUUAUAGUGGUUAGUCCAUUGAUCUAGUGAAUGUAUUUAGUUUUACUAAAUUAAUUGAUAAAAAACUAGAAUGGUACACAUGUACCAUGAAAGAUAGUUUAACAUAAUUAAUACAAAUGUAGAAAGUGGUUAUAAAUUUUAAAACAACAUUGAAGAGUAUAGGCUUCAGAAUAUAGAUCAUUUACGGAAAAAUCUUUUUCGUAGGGGUUUACACAUUUGGAGAAAAAUUCAAAAACAUGACAAUAUUGUUUUAAUGUAUAGUUGUAUCCUGAACUAUUUUAUGAUGAUGGUCAAAGAGGUUUGUGACAUUUGUUGUCUCCGUUUCUUUAGAGAAUAACAAUUUUAUAGUGGUUAGUCCACUGAUUUAGUGAGUGUAUGAAAUUUUACUAAAUUAAUUGAUAAAGAAUUAGAAUGUUACCCAUGUACCAUAAAAAAGUGUUUAACCUAAAUUAUUAUAAAUUUAGAAUGUGGUUAGAAUUAUUAAAACGACACUGAAGAGUAUAGGCUUCAAAAUAUAGAGCAUUUACCGAAAACUCAAUAUAUUUGUAGGCUUUGACACAUAGAUUAUGAGAAAAAAAAAUAAAAAAAAAUGAAAAUUUUGUUUUAAUGAAUAGUUGCAUCUUGAACUAACAUACAAUGAUGUCCAAAGAGGUUUGAAACCUUUGUUAUAUAUAUUUCUCUAGAGAAUAAUGAAUUUCUAGUGGUUAGCCCACUAAUUUAAUGAGUGUCUGAACUUUUACUAUAUUAAUUGAUAAAAAAUUAGAAUGUUAUUCAUCUAUCAUAAAUGAGAGUUUAAGAUUAAUUAAUAAAAAUAUAGAAUGUGGUUAGGAACUAAAAAAAAAUUGAAGGUAGGCUUUAGAAAAUAGAGCAUUUAACGAAAAACUCAAUAUUUUCGUAGGGGUUUACCCAUAGAUUUUUAGAAAAACUAAAAAUAUGUUUUAAUGCAUAGUUGCAUCCUGCAAUAUCAUAUAAUGAUGGUCAAAGAAGUUUGAACUUUUGUUGUCUCUGUUUCAUGGCAAUUUUAUAUUGGUUAGUCCACCAAUUUAUUGAGUGUAUGAAGUUUUACUAAAUUAAUUGAUAAAAAAAAAUUAAAACGGUACCCAUGUACCAUGAAAGAGAGUUUAACAUAACUAAUACAAAUUUAGAAUUUGAUUAGAAAUUUUAAAACAACAGCGAAGAGUAUAUGCUUCAGAAUAUAAAGCAUUUACUGAAAAACUCAAUAUUUUCGUAGGGGGUUACACAUAAAUUUUGAAAAAAUAUUCAAAAAUAUGAAAAUAUUAUUUUAAUACAUAGUUGUAUCCUGCACUAACAUAUGAUGAUGAUCAAAGAUGUUUGAAACCUCUCUUGUCUCCGUUUCUCAAGAGAAUAGUGAUUUUUGUAGUGAUUAUUCCACUGAUUUAGUGAGUGCAUGAAGUUAUUAUAAAUUAACUGAUAAAAAAAUUAGAACGUUGCUCAUGUACCAUGAAAGAUAGUUUAACAUACAUUAAUACAAAUGUAGAAUGUGUUUAGAAAUUUUAAAACAACAGUGAAGAUGACAUGCUUCAGAAUAUAGAGCAUUUCUCGAAAAACUCAAUAUUUUCGAAGAGGUUAAAACAUAGAUUUUGAUAAAAAUUCAAAAAAAAAGAAAAUAUUGUUUUAAUGCAUAGUUGCAUCCUGUACUAUUAUGUGAUGAUGGUCAAAGAGGUUUGUGACCUUUGUUGUCUUCGUUUCUCUAGGUAAUAUCUAUUUUAUAUUGGUUAGUCUACUGAUUUAGUGAGUGUAUGAAGUUUUAUUAAAUUAAUUGAUAAAGAAUUAAAAUGUUACCCAUGUAUCAUUAAAGAGAGUUUAACCUAAAUAAAUAUAAAUUUGAAUGUGGUUAGAAUUCUUAAAAGGACACUGAAGAGUUUUUUUUUUUUUUUUUUGGAACUCAUAUUUUAUAAAUUGCAAAUUAAAGUCUGGUAGUUGGGAGUUGAAUUACUCCAUCAACCACAUCGGUUUCAGCUGCCAUCAAAGCAGACUUAGCUAACAUAUCCGCUUGACCAUUUUUCUCUCGAGAGAUCCAAGAGAAAGAAACAAAUUCAAACACAGAAGCAAAGGAGAGAAUGUCUGCGACA